AUGUGCGGGUGCGAGGAGAAGGACAACGUUCUGCAGGUGUACUGCGACAACCGCGGCUUCUCGGACAUGUCCCAGCUGCGUGCGCCGCCCGCCGUCGUGCCGCCGCGGCCCUACAAGCUGUUCCUCAACGGCAACUCCAUCGGCGCCCUCUACCUCAACGACUUCGUCGACUACGGAGCAGCGGUCUCGCUCAACGUGGCCAACAACGGCCUGCUCGAGAUACAGGCCGGUGCCAUGCUGGGCCUGCAGGACCUGCGCCGCCUCUACCUGUUCAGCAACAAGCUGGAGGUAUUCCGCAACGACACGUUCCUGGGCCUCGACAAUCUGGAGUACCUGCAGGCUGACUACAACCUCCUGCGGCACAUCGAGGCGGCCGCCUUCUGGGGGCUGACCAAGCUGCGCGUUCUCAUACUCAACGACAACCUGCUCCACCACCUGCCCGGCGACAUCUUCCGGAAUGUGACGCUGCGCCACCUGGACCUGCGCGGCAACCGCCUCAAGACGCUGCCCCACCGGGGCCUGCUGGAGCACCUGGACCGCGUCGCCGAGAUCCAGCUGGAGGAGAACUUGUGGAACUGCACGUGCGAGCUGGAUGCCCUCAGGGCAUGGCUCGACCACCUGUCGCACUCGGUGCUCGUGGGCGAGGUGAUGUGCGAGACGCCGUUCCGCUUGCGGGGCAAGGACCUCGGCGAGUUCCCGCGGCGCGAGCUGUGCUCGGAGCGUGCGGGCGAAGACUUCCCGCUGCCGUCGGAGGCCCUCAAUGCUUCGCGCGGGGGCACCAACCUCGGCCCCAUCGUGGGCGUCCAGGCGAAGGCGCCCGUCGUCACAAGCUGCCCCGUGGUGUGCAGCUGCAACUUUCACACGGGCGACAUGGGGCUCACGGUGAACUGCCACAACCGCAGCAUCCUGAGCGUGCAGGCGCUGCUGCCGCGACCGCUCUUCCCCAAGAAGCUGUAUCUGCCCGAGAACCUUAUCAAGACCAUCCGCAAGCUCGACUUCAAGGACUUCGCCAGUCUCGAGCUGCUGCACCUGGGCAACAACCGCAUCUCUUCGAUCCACGAGGGCGCCUUCGCCAACCUCACCAACCUGCAGCGGCUCUACCUGAACACCAACUACAUCGUGACGCUCUCGCCGGGCAUGUUCGCGGGCCUGCGCAGCCUGCAGUACCUCUACCUGGAGUUCAACGAGAUCCGCGAGAUCCUGGCGGGCACCUUCAAUGAGCUGAGCGGCCUCCAGCUGCUGUUCCUCAACAACAACGAGCUGCGCUCACUGCCGCACGGCGCGUUCGCCGGCAUGGCCAUCACCCGCCUCAACCUGCGGAGCAACUUCUUCGAGAGGCUGCCCGUGGCCGGCGUGCUGGAGCACCUACAUGCUAUCGUGCAGAUAGACCUGCAGGAGAACCCGUGGGAGUGCGGCUGCGACGCCGUGACGCUCAAGCAGUGGAUCGAGGGCCUGAGCGGUGGCGUGGUGCACAGCGAGGUUACGUGCGAGUCGCCCGCCCGGUUCGCCGCCAAGCGGCUACGCUCGCUGCCCUUCGAGGCGCUGUGCCCCGACCCGCCGGCCGACCACCGAUCGCACACGUGGUCGCCCGACUUCGACAAGACCACGUCCGCCAACUCGGGCUUCGGCGUCAUCCCGGGCAAGAGCGCCGUGCCGCUCUCCGUGCUCAUCCUCAGCCUGCUCAUCGUGCUCAUCCUCACCGUGUUCGCCACGGCGGGCCUCUUCGUGUUCAUCCUGCGGCGGCGAAAGGCCGCCGCCCAGGGCCAGUGCGACACAACGCUCAACCAGGACCUGGCGGCGAUCCCCCUCGACUACGGAUUCUACGAGCCCAAGGCGGAGCCGGGUCCGCCCGAGCGCCACGCGUCGCGCCACCUCUACGAGUACAUCCCGCAGCCGAUCGGCACCAUGUGCAAGAACCCCAUCUACAUCCCGCGCGAGGGCGACAGCGAGCACGAGUACAAGGAGGUGCAGGCUGAGCCGGUCGCCUUCCGUGACAUCCUCGACAAGACCAUCCAGCGGCAGAUCCUCAGCAUGAGCUACUCGUUCGCGGGCGCGGAGCACGGCCCAGGGACGACGUGCGCCGCUGCCGACGCCUUCUCGAGGAUGGGCCUCAUGGGCACGCAUGCAGAGCAGGGCUCCAUCACCCUGCAGCAGCAGCAGCAGCAGAAAGCGUGCGAGCCGCACCCCGAGGGAGUCAUCAGAGAGACAGUUCUCUUUGGUUCACCCAACGGCACGGCAGCGGCGGCUGCUGCUGCUGCUGCUGCUGCCGUCGCCGGAGGUGCAGGUGGCGGGGAGUAUCUGGAGAUGCGAGCCAGACUGCAGUGCGAGCCAGACUACCUGGAGGUGCUCGAGAAACAGGCCGCGUACAACAAGCUUUAA